AGAUCGAGCGCGAGCGCAUCAUCUGGUAGAGUCGAUUUGGCGCCAAGAAGUGGGCGGGAGCGUUGUGCCCGCCGUUUUCUCCGGUAUCCUCUCCUCUCCCGUCCCGUCAAUCCGGUCUCGGCGUCUCGCCUUUCAUCAUCAUUACGUCUGCUAAACAAAGCAAAGGCCCCGAGCUACCGACCACCGUCCCGCCACUCCUCCAGCGCCACGGGGAAGAUGAGCGCGCGAGAAAAGGCUACUCCUACUAGUCCUACUAGGAGCAGUAUUCCCCUCCCCUCCCCCCGGCCCGGCCGACAUGCGCCGCACGUUCGUCCCUCGCUUAAAUUAGGCGGGGCCGCCGCCCUCCCUCCUUUUUUAGUUUUCCCGCGGGCCGGCCGGGUCCAUCGCCUCGCCUAAUUCAACCCCAUCUCGGCCGUCGUGCGCGACAUGCUCUCUCCAUCCCGUCCCGCCCACCGCUGCUCCCUUGCCUGAGCUGCCGCCCGCCGCCGUCGCCGUGGGACCGAUCGGUAGUAAUCGGUCCAGAGCGCGGUGCAGCGAGCGGGAGCGAGGGAGGCGUCGUCGGCCGUCCUUCGUGCCCCGCGUUCGUUCUUGGAAUUGGUCCGCGCGCGUCCUCAUCAGCUGCGGGAGUCAGGGUGGCGCCUCGUGAGGCGGCGCGGCGGUGCAAGACCGCCGAGUGCCGCGCGCCCAGGCCUUGCGCGCCAAGCUCGAGGCGGCGGGCUGGGUGAUGGUGCGCUUCCUCCGGCGCGGACACAGCCUUCACAAGACCGGAUCGCACAACAGCAACCAGCAGCAGCAGCUGCUGCGAGAGCGCUACCUCGACAGGAGCGGCAGCGACACGGGCGAGAUGUAUAGCAAUGGCGCCGGCGGCACCCCGCCCCUUGCCAACAGCCAGGCGGCAGCGGCCGGGGCGGCGCGGUUGCGCCAGGGCCGCGACGGGCCGCUCUCAGAGCUGGACGUGAUGAAGGAGAAGUUCGCCAAGCUCCUGCUGGGCGAGGACAUGUCCGGCACCGGCAAGGGCGUGCCGUCCGCGCUCGCGCUGUCCAACGCCGUCACCAACCUCGCGGCGUCCGUCUUUGGCGAGCACCGCAAGCUGGAGCCCAUGGCGCCCGACACCAAGGAGCGCUGGAAGAGGGAGGUGGGAUGGCUGCUCUCCGUCACCGACCACAUCGUCGAGUUCGUGCCCACGCGCCACACCUCGGAGAACGGAAUCACGAUGGAGAUCAUGUCCACGGCGCAGCGGCGCGACCUCGCCAUGAACAUCCCCGCGCUGCGGAAGCUCGACGCCAUGCUCCUCGGCUACAUGGACAACUUCGCGGACCAGACCGAGUUCUGGUACGAGAAGGGCGGGGACAACAAGCGCGACGACGACAAGUGGUGGAUGCCGACGGUGAAGGUGCCGUCGGAGGGGCUGUCGGACGUGACCCGCAAGUGGCUGCAGUACCAGAAGGAGUGCGUGAACCAGGUGCUCAAGGCGGCCAUGGCCAUCAACGCCCAGGUGCUUGUGGAGAUGGAGAUCCCGGAGGUGUACAUUGAGUCGCUGCCAAAGAAAGGGAAGACGAGCCUAGGCGACGCCAUCUACCGUAGCAUCACCGAGGACACGUUCGACCCGGUGGAGUUCUUGGCCGGGAUGGACCUUUCGACGGAGCACAAGGUGCUGGACCUCAAGAACCGCAUCGAGGCCUCCACCGUGAUCUGGAAGCGCAAGAUGCAGACCAACAAGGACUCCAAGUCCUCGUGGAGCUCCAUCGUCAGCUUCGAGAAGCGCGAGCAGUUCGAGGAGCGCGCCGAGACCAUCCUCCACCUCCUCAAGCUCCAGUUCCCGGGGACGCCGCAGUCGCAGCUCGACAUCUCCAAGAUCCAGUACAACAGGGACGUCGGGUACGCCCUCCUGGAGAGCUACUCGCGCGUGCUGGAGAGCCUGGCGUACAGCGUCAUGUCCCGCAUCGAGGACGUGCUGAGCGCGGACGCGGCGGCACAGAACCUGACGGCGACCGAGGCGGCGCGGCGGGUGCUGGAGUCGGCGGACCUGCUCGCGCCGCGGAAGCUGGACGCCAAGGAGGAGCUGGAGAAGCUGAACGAGGCCCCGGCGUCGAUGACGCUCUUCGACUUCAUGGGCUGGCACUUCGACCAGGACGAGCUGAUGAAGCGCAGGGAGGACGGCACGCUGGACGCCGACGGCGAGGCCAUGCUCCUCAAGAAGGCGCCCAGCGUGGCGCCCAAGAAGUUCUCCUACGUCGACAGCCUCUCCUCCGGCGGCAUGAGGAGCCCCUCUGCGCGCCACUGAUAAUAAUAUAUGAUCGUCGUCGCGCCACUGAACUAACAGCAGCUCAGUCAUCGUCUACGAUCCAACAGCACCAUGGAUCGUCGAUCGUCCACUCACGAGAAGGAGAGACGUCAAUGGGAGAGGAGACGACGGCUCCUCCCAUCCGAUCCGACCCAAUCGAUCCUUGCUUACGUCGUGUACAUAGCUGAGGCGCAUGAAGCACGUGCGCACCCAUUAGUGAUCCAUGUUCUCUCCUCUCUUACUGGUUUCUUUCUUGUCCUUGCCUCUACGUUCUAGAAGAUUCUAGAUGAGGGGAAGAAGAGGGCCAGGUGAUCUCAUCCACGCACUACGCACUCAAGAGUUGCCGCUGUGCGUAGCUACUGCUUAAUAUUUCUAGUAAGUAGUUUGGACAUGGCUCUCUCAAGUCUCAAGAGCGGUUCUGGGGUAUAUGUAUCGAACUCGCAAGUCAGGAAAAAACAACAUGUAUAUUCUUUGUUUCGUUUCAAGAUAAUCAUUUUUUCCUAGACUCA